AUGAGUUAUUUGGGGGUCGGAGUCAGUCCGGGAAACAUCACCGUCUACCACGGAGGCAAGAUGAAGCUGAUUGAUCGGAGACUGAGGCUAACGGAGCUGCUCCUACGCUGCUCCGUCACUGUACUCGCUCUCAUCGCGCUUAUUGUGGUUGUUACAGACACUCAGGUUAAGCAUAUCUUCACAAUUGAGAAGACGGCCAAGUACACCGACAUGAAGGCUCUUGUGUUCUUGGUGGUCGCCAAUGGGAUAGCUGCGGCUUAUUCAUUGUUGCAGUCUGUUCGUUGCGUGGUGGGUACGAUGAAAGGAAGCGUUUUGGUCAGCAAGACUCUAGCUUGGGCCAUUUUCUCCGGAGAUCAGGCGAUGGCGUACUUGAGUGUGGCGGCAAUAGCAGCAGCAACAGAGUCUGGUGUGAUUGGUAGGAAAGGAGAGCAGAAGCUGCAAUGGAUGAAGUUAUGCAACAUGUAUGGAAAGUUCUGCAACCGAAUGGGUGAAGGAGUCGCCGUCGCUUUGCUUGCAUCCAUUGCUAUGGUUCUCGUCUCUUGCAUCUCUGCUUUUAGUCUCUUCCGCUUGUACGGCGCCAUCCAAAGACCGCCGAACGAAGCCGCCGCUGUGAAGUGA